AUGUCUUUCGAAGCAAUGGAUUCAGCAUCAAAGCAACAACGAAAGCUUAUUCCCCGAGGAGCGCAACCGAGCGCCAUUACGCGACAAAAGCUGGCGUCUCUGACUCGAAACGAAGGAAAAUUAGCAGUGACGGCCUCCGAACAGUGCGAUUCUGGGUUUGUUGACGACGAAGAGUUGCGGUCUCGAAGCAUGGAAGUGUGUAGUGAGACACAAAUGCGUAGCGUUGAAGAAUGUACGCAAAAUUUAACCAUCGACGAUCACGAAACGAACACAAGACAUCCUUCGUCGUCAUCUUCAUCCAAGGAAGGGUUUUCGCAAAGUGAAGAACUUUAUUUAAAUUACGCUCAGCGUAACGAUGUGAGAUAUUUACUAGCCCAGGAACAUUUUAGGCGUUUGAUGUUUAUGCCAGACGAGGAUGGAGAUACGUAAGUAGAAUUGUUUCUUCUUAAACUUCCUACGUGCAAAACAAAAUGUUUCCCUCGCGACAUCGUUAGUCGACCGCUUUGACCUUCAGCUUAGUGGCGAAAAGAAUUAUGGCUCCUGUUAAGUUCUGGUUGUCUGAUGUUUUUUCUUCAACAUAAGUUUCCCAUUUACCUGUAGAUUUGAAACUGAGGGGAACAGUUUGGUAAUUUCCAGUAAGAAGAAUACGAAAAGAAAAAUUAUCAGCUUACAAUGGCGUACUGGUGCUCGGUGACCAUCGCGCGAAAAUAGGCCGGAUCACUUUUUGUGUUAUGCCAAAAAUGUGUAUUAAAAUAUUCUGUCUUCUUCUGUCAUUUUCUUGCCCCCUUUUACAUAUACUUUGCUGUUAAAUGUUUCUUUUUUUAGAAAUUAUUGCUCAAAAAGAUAACCCCGAGUGUGCGAAAUCCCCGAGAAAAGAGUCUAUUUCCCAGAAAAUAUUGAUGCCAUUAUUCAUAAUAAUAUUCAUCAGUAAUAACGUAUACUUGUUUUUGUUGUUUUAGAGCUUUACAUUUAGCGAUUAUUAACAUGAGGCCGAUGGAAACGGACGCUAUCAUCUCAGUUGCACCGUGUAAGGAAUGCCUCGACAUUUACAACGAUCUUAGACAGGUACGCUAACAGAAACAAACUACAAUUCAAAUCUUGAGAUAUCCUGAACUGCUCGUUCCGAAAUAAGUUCGCGGCCAUCGCAAGAAGACAGUCUAAAACCACCUUAGCUUCUUCAGUGUUUUGCUUUAUAUGCACUUUUGCUUAUUGUUUGAGUGAUUAAAGACAAAUAAGAAAUUCUUUUGAUAUUUUAGGUACCCCUUCAUCUCGCGGCCGUAACUCGACAACCCGCCGCACUUCGCCGAUUACUAGAAGCCGGAGCUACUGUGGACAUCACCGACCGUCAUGGCCGAACAGCUUUGCAUCUAGCGUGCGAGUUAGGUGAUUUUGACUGCGUUAAAGAAAUCGUAAGGCCUUUACUAGAGAAAAGGUGGACUGAUGAAAUAAAAGAAAGAGUUUACAACAUGUUACAAGAGAGAGAUUUCGAUGGUAAGGGAAAUUGAAGAUUGCAGAAAUUUCGAAUAUUCAACCCCCGCAGAUUAAUAUUUCACAUCCACGUAAGUUGUUUGGAUUUGAUGACUUCAAAAAUCAGGGGUUUUCCCUUUGGGCUAUUGGAUAUGAAAAGGAAAACGAGAAAAAAUGUGCUUUGGAAGCAUAUUCGUUUGCAGUUUCCGUUGGCAGAACAAUAGUCUUAGUGGGGUUUCCCCCCAAGGUAUUGAAGGGAAACGAAAAUUAAUCGCUAGUGUAGUUUCGUUUUGUCAAGUAUUUCCCUCAGCUUUUGAUUGCAAAUUUUCGCAUUCUUAAGCUAAAGGAACCUUGGAGCUACUUUUGGCUUGACAAGCAAAUUCUUUUUUUGAAUAAGAGUGCAUUUUUUAAACUCUUAUGCAUUGGGUGUGUCUAUACUCAGUUUAGAGUUGAUCGACUCAUAAAAAUAUUUCUGUUUGAUUAAAUAAAUCAAGUUGAUAAAGUGAAUUGGAUGUCAUAAGGGGUUUAAAAUUUGGCAUUGUGCCUACUAACCCCUUGAAGUUUAGAUUAAACUGGGCUUCCUCAGAUAAAGUGUUUCCAAGAAUUGCAGUUGAUUCGCCCAAUGACAUUCAACAAUGUACAGCGCAGUGACAAAAUCUGAUCAGUAGGUGAUAAAACAACAUUUCCCUAUUUCAUCUUCCCAGGUUUUACAGCUUUACACAGAGCAGUGUUUAAAAAUAGUGUUCAGAUUGUCAAUUAUUUGGUAUCUCUUGGAGCAAACGUCAACGCACAGGUAAAUAACAACUAAAGAUGUUGUACUUUUCAUGAACUAACUAAUAUGGUUACUAGACUCCUUCUCAAGUACAAUGAUGCACUUACUUGUAAAAACAAAACUGUUAUGAAACAGCGGCCUUUUUUGCUGUUGUUUAAAAGAUUUCUAAUUUAUUUUUUAUAGCAAAAAAUAACUAUUUCUGCAGGUUAUUUUCCAAAAAAGCACAGAAGGUUUGGUAAAGUGGCAUAACAUAAAAGUAGACAACGGAAAGUUAAAUUUUAUGACCCUGAUCUGGGCUGUACUCUUGUAGAGCCAGAUGACCCUUGGUGACUUACUUCUUCUACUGAUCAACAAGGAAAUUAGUAGAAUAAGGUGCUGGGCAGUUAGGGGUUCAUGAUUCACACAAUUUGUGCUCCUUACAAUAAUUAUAGUACUUGGCUGAUGGGAAUAAAAUGAAAAAUUAAUUAAUCAUUCCUAAAUCUCUAUGCCAUUUCUCUUGUUUAAUAUCCCGCUACCUCUGAUCAAAGUAUGAAUUUUUAUGAUUUGAAACAAGUCUAUUAGUUUUCCUUGAGUGGUAAGUACCUAGUACUAUGUAUAGAACAUGCGAUCUCAUUAAAUAUAUUUCAACUUUUUUUUUUUCAGGAUGCUAAAAGCGGGCGUUCUGGCCUUCAUCAUGCAGUCGAGGCAGGAAACCUGUCCAUGAUAAACUGCCUUCUACUCGAGUGCCAUGCUGAUCCAGAUGCUAUGACAUUUGAUGAGAUCACUCCUCUACACAUUGCUGCUGGAAGAGGCAUGGAAUCAGUGGUUGCUCUUCUAUUAGCUGCCGGAGCUGAUCCAGUACUCACCAACUUUGAGGGUGAAUCACCAGCGGAUGUUGCUGUCACACCUCAGGUGAUUACUAAAGAAGUCCUUAAUUUUGCAAGACAAUUCCAGGUUUCUGUCAGGUGA